CAGUGAUAAUUAAUAAUGUCGUUAGAAAUACAUCCGGGCUUCAUAAGGACCAUUAAAGAUGGCGAAGAAAUUGAUGUUUUAGACGAGGAAUCUGAUGAGGAAAUCGAUUAUCAACCAUCUAAGCAAAAGGUGAAAAGGAAAGCUGAUUUUAACCCAAAAUUCCAAUUUGUAUCUUCAGUGGAAGAAUACAGUAAGAACACAUGGGACGAUCUUCAGAAGUACGUAAAAAGAAAUGUAAAACACACAUUGGACCAAAAAAUAGAGAGGCGGCGAGCGGAGGUUAGAGUCAAUGGGACUUCUGGUGCAGUAGACACUGAUUCAGAUGUUGACAGUAAAGAAGGCGAUGUGGACGAACUGGAAAUAUCCGACGAUGAACUCAAACAGGACGCUAUCAAGACCAAGGAAAAGAAACUGUCCAAGAAGCAAAAACUUAAACAGGAACUCGAAGAAGAUGAAGAAGAAGGGGGUACACGCAUUGAAUACGACUCGGACUUCUUUGAAGAGCCGCCUCCGUACGAUGAGAAUGCUUCAUUCUACAUGAUGAACCUAUCCAGACCUCUCAUGAAAGCCAUCGGCACUUUGAACUAUGUACAUCCUACACCCAUCCAGGCUAGCACAGUACCUAUUGCGUUGUUGGGCAAAGACAUAUGCGCGUGCGCAGCCACAGGCACGGGUAAGACAGCAGCGUACAUGUUGCCCAUCUUAGAGAGACUGUUGUAUAAAUCAGUUGGCGGUGACAGGGUCACUAGAGUACUAGUGUUGGUGCCUACCAGGGAACUUGGUGCACAGGUACACACGGUAACGAGACAACUAGCACAGUUUACUUCAGUCACAGUUGGGCUGUCGGUUGGAGGAUUAGAUGUCAAAUAUCAGGAAAGCGUACUCCGUAAAAACCCGGACAUUGUGAUAGCAACUCCAGGUCGAUUGAUCGAUCAUAUCAGAAAUACGCCAUCCUUCAGCUUGCACUCCAUUGAAGUGUUGGUACUGGACGAAGCAGACAGAAUGCUUGACGAAUAUUUCGCGGAGCAAAUGAAGGAGAUAAUCCGGCAAUGCUCACCUAAACGCCAAACAAUGUUGUUCUCGGCAACAAUGAGCGAUGAGGUGAAAGAUCUCGCCGCGGUGUCUCUCAAGAAACCUGUCAAGCUGUUCGUUGACUCGAAUAAGGAUGUGGCUUUCAAUUUGAGACAAGAGUUUGUCAGGAUCCGCAAAGAACGCGAAUCAGACCGUGAGGCGAUCCUCGCCGCGUUAAUAUGCCGCACCUUCAGGGACCGAGCUGUGAUCUUCGUGCAGACAAAGAAGCAGGCGCAUCGGCUGCACAUUGCGCUAGGAAUGCUGGGCAUUAAGGUAGCAGAACUUCAUGGAGCGUUGAACCAACCCCAACGUUUAGAUUCUCUUAAGAGGUUUAGAGAAGAACUAGUGGACGUGCUGGUGGCCACAGACGUCGCCGCUAGGGGUCUCGAUAUACCAGGAGUCAAGACUGUAGUAAACUUUACGUUGCCAGCAACACUCGAGCAUUACAUUCACAGGGUAGGUAGAACAGCCCGUGCCGGUCGCGCAGGCGUCUCGGUGUCACUCGCGGGGGAAGCAGAACGCACCUUGGUCAAAGCCAUAGUGAAGCGGGCCAAGCGGCCGGUCAAGUCGAGACAAGUGCCGCCGGAUAUAGUUGCCAAAUACCGCGACCGGCUGGCUAAGAUUGAACCGGAGAUUGCGGCGAUUCUCGAUGAGGAAUACGCAGAGAAACAGCUAAACAAAAUGGAAAAGCAGACGAAUAAGCUAGAAGGCGCCCUCAAACCGGAGAAAGAGGAAGGUCCUAAGUUUGAGGUGCAGAGGACGCAUGAUUGGUUCCAGACGCCGAAGGAAAAACGGGAGGAGAAAGAACGUCUGACCUUGACUAAAACUGACGGGAAAGAAAAACCUCAAAAAGGUAAAGGUAAGAAACGCCAGCGCGAGGACGACUCUGACUCCGAUGUUGGCAAAAAGAAACGUAAGCAAACUAAGCACAAGCCUAAAGACACACCCGAAGAGAGGGUGCAACGGGAGAUGGAAAAGGUCGCUCUCUUACAAUCACGUAUGGCGAAACGCAAGAAAAAACAGAAGCGUAUCCGUGCAGUGGACGAUGACGACGAUCGACCGCAACAAACAAAUAAAAAGCCAAACAAAUUUAAGAAAAAGCAAAGCAACUUUGCCAUAGAUCUUACCGAUACGUCAAAAUCUACAGCUAAGAGACUCCGAUACGACGCGAAUCAAGCCCAAAAAGGAAAAUUCCAAAACGGAAGAUUCAGAGGUCCAAAUGAAAAAAAGGGUCAAAAAGGAAAAGACGGCAAGGGAAAAGGGCAGAAAGGCAAAAGUGGAAAGACAUUCGGUAAACCUAAAGCACCUAAAGCUGGAAGUCGAAAGAAAAAAUGAC